GACCAAUCAAAACCCUUACAGAACUUCUUUUUGUCCAAUAAAAUUCGGCGCAAUCCAGUCGACACUCCAGAAAGACCGUUUUGGCGCAAUUGCUUCGCCUGUGUUCCAACGGGUCCUUGGCGCCUAUAACACGCACGCCUGGACCAAGCUUGUUGGCAGUGUUGGAUUCGCGCCGUCAUGAAGGCUGAGCUUGCCGUCGCUGCCAUCGCGGGAGUCGUGUCGUGGAUCGGCUGGACAAUAGCCCGAACGCAAACCGUCCAGAUAGACGCGGCCUUUGGCUGUUCCUGCGGCAAGGUCCAGGGGCACGUCCUCGCUCCGUCGGGUCUCCACAUCGUUUGCUACUGCGACGACUGCCAGAAGUUUGGCGACGUCGUGUGCAAAGAUGUCGGCAAUUCACCUGUCGACAAGCAUGGUGGCACGGACAUUGUCCAGGUGUUCCCUGCUGACGUUGUCAUUUCCCACGGCAAAGAGCACGUCACGAUUGGAAAGCUGACCGAGAAGACAAAGCUGCUGCGCGUAUUUGCGUCAUGCUGCCAAACCCCGCUCUUCAACGCACAGGACGACGUCGCGUUUAUUGGGCUCCUCACGUCCGUUUUGAAAACGCCCCAAGACACCGGUCCUGUCGAAUUUCGGAUCAUGGGCAAGUUUGCCAAGUCGUUGCCACGUGAGCCUGUGGCAUCAAUCGUGUCUGUGAACUUUGUUGUUAUGUUUUUCGCGCGGUCGUUGCUAGUGUAUCGCUCUCGAGCGUAUCCUACGCCCCUGGAAGCCACGAUGCCUCGCGUAAUCCUCAAGUAAAGCGGCCUUGUUCCGUUAGUUUGCACUUGUCAAUCACAUCACGGCGACGCUAUGGGAUCAUACUCGUCGCGCCAGAUAUCCAUCCAUGCAUCGUGAACUUGAAUUCUUGCGCGAGAAGAGGGCGUGGCACAUUGCGUGCCAACAAUGUGCGAAUGCUGAGCAGUGUUUGCGCCGCCUGGCCAGUUGAUCUGGAUGCUACGGCUGUAGCAUGGACUGUAUUCCUGCCGGCGUUGUCUUGCCAUGAUAACGAUCGAUCGACAGCGCCUUCACACGGCUCGAAUACGAUGGAACACAUGCUGCUUCAGC